AUGACAAUAACGGCAGUAACGGACGAUAAAGAUACUUACAAUGAUGAAAGAAAACAAGAGCAUGGUAUUUGUACAAAGUGUGCCAGAUAUAAUACAUCAAAGGCACGAUGCAAAUCGUGCGAUCCAAAUCCUGAGGAUGUUAAUGAAGAACCACUAGAGGAUCCUGAUAAUCAAUUUGAAAUUGAAUUACCUCAUGAAAGAGAAGAGGAUGAGGAGCCACCAGAUGCUGAUAAACCUAAUGGAGAAGAAGAAGAAGAACCACCAGAGGAUAUUGACGGUCAAUUUGGAAUGGAAUUACCUGAUAAGAUCGAUGAAGAACCACCAGAGGAUAUUGAUGGUCAAUUUGGAAUGGAAUUACCUGAUAAGAUCGAUGAAGAACCACCAGAGGAUAUUGACGGUCAAUUUGAAAUGAAAUUACCUGAUGAUAUCAAUGAUGAACCACCAGAAGAUAUUGACGGUCAAUUUGAAAUGAAAUUACCUGACAAUAUCAAUGAUGAUAUUAGCAAUGAUGAGCCAGCAGAGGAUAUUGACAAUCAAUUUGAAAUGAAAUUACCUGAUAAUACUAAUGAUGAUAUUAAUGAUGAAGAACCACCAGAGGAUAUUGACAAUCAAUUUGUAAUGGAACUACCUGAUAUUAAUGAUGAUGAACCACCAGAGGAUAUUGAUAAUCAAUUUUCAAUAGAAUUACCAACUAAUCAUGAUAUUGAAGAACAAGUUGAUGAGGAUGAUAAACCUCCAGAGGAUAUUGAUAAUCAAUUUGACAUGGAAUUACCUCUUGAAAUCAAAAAGGAUAUUGAUAAUCAAUUUGAAAUUGAAUUACCAGACAAUGUUUAUUAUAAUAAUGAAGAGGAGGAGACAAUAACAAUAAACUCUGAUUAUAUUACAGAGGUUCAAAGUAAUCAAACAAAUUCAAGUAAUCAAGUUGAUAUUAGAGUCUCAGGUACAUUAUCUAAUACAAAUAAUAGUAGCAGUAAUGAUAACAGAAAUAAUAAUAUCAUUAAUUAUGAAGGCGAUGAACCACCAGGAUAUUGA